UUUGAUUCCCGCCACUGAACAUAUGUCACUCAAUCAGUGGUUAUAAGAAAUACCGGAUUGAUUACACUAGUUUAAUAUGAAAACAUGAGUGCAAUACUGUGUUUCUGUAUGAGAAAAAUUACUAAUCAUAUGAUUAGAAUUUAAAUUUAAGUGUAUUUAAAACACAAAAAUAUCACGUGUGUUUAAUUGAAAUGUUUAAAACACUGGGGACCUUUCAUGCAAUUUCUGUAUAAAGCAUAACAGAACCAGAACCCUAAUCCCUAACCAGUCAGUUAGCCGUGUGUCUGUUAAAGUCCUCUCCUUUCCGAGGAAUUCUGUCACUGAAACUCAAUGAAACCAAACGGCGACGUUUCAGCUCAGCGAGACAGAGACGUAGAAGAUGACGAUCCGCUAGUGUUGAACUCUUAUAAAUGGAGUUUUAUCAGUAGGUUUAGCUAUGAUGGUGUGGUUUCUAUUGUUUAUGAGCAGAUUAGCCAAACAAUCUAUUACCUCGCAAAGUCAAGUAGAUUCUUUGUUGCUUCUUCUCACAGGUACAUGAAUGACUUGUGUUUUUUCGUCAGAGGGAUUUUAUGUUUUGUUAGCAAUUUAACUGAGAGAUAUUGUUUUACUACUUGCAGGAGAUGUUCAGAGAGAUAGGGCUUGUUGUAUGUAUCCAUCUGAUCACCAAAUGCGUAGAGUUUCCUUGUCUGCAAGAAGAUUUAUCUUCCUUUCAUGUGUGUGUGUUAAAUUCAACUGAUUAUGAGCGGCUUAACCGAUCUCAGGUUUCUGGUGUCUCAACCCCAGCGGGAGUAAGGUUUUUUCAUGUCUUCCACCAAUGGUCUUGGAGUUUUCACUGCUCAACCGUUCUCUGUUCUGUGUCUUGACUUGUUGCAACAUUCCGCUUAUUUAUGUCUCAUUAAUUAACCAGUAUCAUAGUUUUGGUUGUUAAGAUAUCAAAGUUGUUUGGUUAAUUAUGUUUCAUUGCACUACCAAAAGAUUGUGUUUGUAACAAACUGAAUUGAUUCACAAUGAAUAACCAAACAAAUUUGACCCGGUCUGAAUUAAAAUCACGAGAAAGGUGUUAUGUAUGAGGCCCGUAGGCCGCCUAUUGUUUACCAAUACCGCAGGAGAGGCCCAAGUCAGAGGAAGGGAGGGAACGCACGUGUGAUCGAGUCGGAAAAGAUCUAGAGCAACACGUGAGAAGGAAUAAAGAUCUAGCGAGGUGGAUCGUUAGUAACAACCUGGAGAGAGAGAAUACAUGGGAAGACGUGACGUGUAGAUUCCUUAAGCUUUCUAUAUAUGCUAAGAGAGAAUAAGAGUUUGUUAUCGAGUGUGAAGGUCGAUCAUUUUGUGAGGAGAGAGAGUACUUCUUUAGUAAAACUCUAAACGUUGUAUUACUUAUUCUUGAAGGAAUUACAUUGCAGUUUCUACAAGUCUAAGUUCUACAUACUAGUCAUAUCAAAUUUGGUAUCAGAGCAAGACGAACCUGGACGUUUGCGAUGGCACCGAGGAAACCUGAGGACAAGGCGGUGGAGCAGACCCAACGUGACGAUGAGCGUUUGAUCGCCAUGGAGGGGAAGCUGUCCACGCUGGAGGAACGAAUGGAGGCGAAGAUGACCGAGAUGAUGAAGCUGCUCACCAUGGGUUUUGAGAAGCUCGACCUGAGGAAGGACGAUCAGAUCGGGGGGGGAAGUCCGGCGAGAUGCAGGGCUGGUUACCUCCGGUGUGAUCUCCAACCCAGGCGAGCCGAUCAAGCCAAGGGUGUAUCACGGCGAAGGAUCGGGAAAGGGAGUCAUGGAGGAACCGCGAAACUUGUUCGGAGCAAGGUUCGCGGGAGACUAUGGACCAUCAUCGGGAUCUGUCACGACACAUCCACCGCCGUGGGGAGUGUUGGAGGGCAGAGAAGGAUCGAUGGUUCGUCGGAUGGAGAUUCCGUUGUUCGACGGCGAAAGCGCGGAGAGUUGGGUGCUUCGUGUCGAGCAAUACUUUGAGCUGGGAGAUUUUACGGAGGAAGAAAAGUUGAGAGCGGUGAGGAUGAGUUUUACGGGAGAGGCGCUGCCGUGGUAUCGGUGGGAACGUAGUCGAAACCCAUUCCUCAGUUGGGAACAAAUGAAGGUACGGGUGCUAGAGCAGUUCUCGCCGGCGCAGGACACCAGUAUCGGCGAGCGACUCCUCAGCCUGCGCCAGACGGGAACGGCGCGAGCAUUUCGGCGCGAUUUCAUCGCGUUAGCGUCUAACGCACCCGAGAUCCCUGACCCAAUCCUGGAGAUGGCUUUCCUGAACGGGCUCAAACCCAAGAUCAAGGCGGGGGUUAAGAUGAUGGAGCCACGAGGGUUACAGAGGAUGAUGGACGUGGCGAUUUUGGUGGAGGAUUGGUCCGUCGGAGAAACACCGGAAGAAACAGAAGGGAUUGGGCGAGGAAGCCGUUCGUCUAAUGGACGCUUUCAGGCCCAACAAGGGAAACCGGCCCAACAAACGGUACAAGGACUAAACCCACAAAAGAGCAGGACCGGUUCAACCACAACACCGUUGAACAAUGCCGCGAACCCGAGACCUAGUCACAACCGUCUGAAGGCCCCAUUCCGUCGUUUAACACCGGCGGAGGUGGCGAAAUGGAAAGCGGAGGGCCUAUGCUACCAGUGUGAUGAAAAAUAUAGUUGGAAUCACAAGUGUCAGAAGGCGGAGUUGGUAGUGAUGAUGGUGUUGGAAGAUGGUACUGAGAUUGAUGUUACAAAUUGUUCGGUGGAAUUGGAGGAAGAAGAGACGACGGAGAAUGUUGAGAUGGCAGAGAUUUCACUAAACUCUUUAGUCGGAAUCUCGUCACCACGUACUAUCAAGCUACGGGGGACGGUGAAGGACAAGGAAGUAGUGGUGCUGAUAGACAGCGGGGCGUCCCACAAUUUCAUAUCUAAAGCAGUGGUGGCGGAUUUGAAUUUAGCAACUGAUACGACGCGGGGCUACAAUGUACUCACCGCCGGUGGUAUCACGAUCAGGGGAGAUGGGCUUUGCGAUGACCUUGAGCUGAAGUUGCAGGGGUGCACGAUCGUUUCAAGUUUUUUACCAUUAGAGUUGGGAAGUGCCGACGUAAUUUUGGGAAUGCAGUGGCUUGAGACAUUAGGCGACAUGAAGGUUAACUGGAAGCUGCAAACCAUCAAAUUCAAGAUUGAGGGAGCGAAGUAUACAAUGCGAGGAGACCCUAGCCUUUGUUGUUCCGCGGCAUCUCUCAAGUCCAUUUUGAAGUCAAUCCAACAUGACGGAGAAGCAAUGUUGGUCGAGUAUAAUGGAGUGCAGUUGGUGGAGAGCUUGCAAGGAGACAUGACUACGGGACCACCUCCGUUACAGGACAUGUUGGAAGAAUAUGGAGACAUCUUUGCGGAGCCUGAAGGACUACCACCAUCACGGGGAAGAGAACAUGCGAUAGUGCUGAAAAACGACGCUGACCCCGUAAGUGUGCGAUCCUUCCGGUACCCGCAAGCACAGCGAGAGGAGAUAGAGAAGCAGGUAGCUGCAAUGCUCGCAGCAGGAAUCAUCAGGGAUAGCAACAGUCCGUUCUCAAGUCCGGUCCUGUUGGUCAAAAAGAAAGAUGGAAGUUGGAGGUUUUGCGUGGAUUACCGAGCUUUGAAUAAAGCGACUAUUGCUGAUUGCUAUCCCAUUCCCAUGAUAGAUCAGCUGCUAGACGAGUUACAAGGAGCGGUGGUGUUUUCCAAAUUGGAUUUGAAGUCAGGCUACCACCAAAUCUUGGUAAAGGCGGAGGACGUGCAGAAGACGGCGUUUCGCACUCAUGAUGGGCAUUAUGAAUUCCUUGUAAUGCCCUUUGGGUUGUCCAACGCGCCGGCUACAUUCCAGUCACUUAUGAACGAGGUGUUCAGAAGCUAUUUGAGGAAGUUUGUCCUAGUGUUCUUCGACGACAUUCUUGUUUACAGUCGGUCAGAAGGGGAACACGAGGAGCAUCUGAGGGCGGUGUUGGAGUUGUUAAGGACUCACAAGCUCUAUGCUAACAGGAAAAAAUGUGAGUUCGGGAGUUCAAGUAUCGAAUAUUUGGGGCAUAUCAUCUCCAAAGAUGGUGUCGCAGCAGAUGAGGGAAAGAUACGCGCAAUGGUCGAAUGGGCGGAGCCUAAGACAGUGAAGGAGCUGCGGGGGUUUCUUGGCCUCACUGGUUAG